GGAUCAUGGUACAUCGCAGUCGCUCUUACGUGUUGCUUCGUCGUCGGUACCGGGGCUCAUCUUUCGUCGGGACUCGUUCGGUACACAAGUUCGAUCCCUCCGCCACCGGAAGUCGAUCCUCUGCCUCCGCUGGAAUCGUUCCAUCGAGAACAGCCAGGCAGAUUUUUCAGUUUCCUUGAUCAUCGAGAAAAUAACGCUGGAUUCGGCCACAUCACGGAAGUGUGCCGGAGAGAUACGUUCUGAUUCCGUCGGUGUUGUUCCUACACUUCCGCGAAAGCAGGAAACGAGAGGAUAAUUCGCCCGCGAAAAGACCCUCGAUUAGACGAAAAAUCAACGAGAAGAAGAGUAAAUUACAUUCCGUGAACGAUUAUUCGAACGUGAUACAAUUGCGCGAGGAUCGAUCGGCGGAUAAACGUCGGUGUGCGGGUUCCCUAUCAUCUGCUCAGGAUUUAAUUCAUAUACCGCUGGCAAGAGGAUGCUUUCGCGAGGUCGAAAGGCUCAGUUGAUGCCGUGCUUCGGUAGCGUUGAGUUCACGACGUGUUUGUGGAUCGCGUGUGCGGUUUUAACCCUGGUUGCCUCUCAACCGAGUUACUACAGCCACAGCCGUUACGGGAAGCGACAUGAGCCACGCGCGGGUUCGGUGUUCGUGUCGGGAAGUAGGUACGGGCGCAGCGACGGUUUCCAAAAUGAAGGGAAACCGUUACCGAAACUGGUUCAAGUAGUUCCAAGGAUGGAUAGAUUCUUUUGGGGUAGUCGAUACGGAAAACGCUCCCCUUCGGAUUACAGGACCGUUUCUUCUGUGAAUCGAUUCAGCGCCGUCUUGGAUUUCAUGGAUCGUGUUAACGAAGUAGAUCUCGGGAGAGACAACGAUGCGAAUAACGUGAACGAUCCCGAUCUUCUGUCUUAAGACUAUCGUUUCACCGGUCUGUAUUUCUAAUCUGGUUUCUAACAUGAAUUAUCUAACGACGAAAAGUCAUUUGAAAAAGAAAGGCAGCGAGAGAAAAAUAUUUAUGUUAUUAAAGUGAAUUAAUUAUUUCUUAUAAUAUAUCUAAUUAAAGAUAGUUUCAAUAAAAAUGAAGUAAAGUGGUAAAAAUAAUUGUGUAAGAGUCUAAAAAUCUUAACUACUCGUUACAAUUCCCUUACUAAAGUUUCAAUGAAAAAGAAUUCUUCUUCACGUCUGCGACGACUCUUCUCCGAAGACAGACUCUCGACGUGUUUUUUUCUUCGUUUGCAGACAUCUGCUAGGACUUGUUACCUAUUCUUCUGCAAACAAAACGAAUCGAGAGAAGAAGAUCAUCGUAAUAAUUGUUUUCUUUUUUUUGUAUUAAAAUUGUAACGGUAUCGAAGGAGUCGAUCGAACGUGUAGAAAACGAAAACGUCAGCUAUUAUGAUAGUGUAUUAACAUUUAAAUUGCUUGGCAUGUAGACAUAAUACCAUGAUGAUGGAGGUCAAAGGAAGCAUAGUUAUUAGAAUAUUUAUUAAACGUUUCGAGUCUGCUAUUCCGUGCCCUUCAGUAUUAUCUGUUAUUAAAUGAUGAGCUUCCUCGCUACUUUCGUCUUCCUAUUUAACUUUUCAAUUUUUCAUGCUUCCGGUGAAAAUUGUUGCUUGUUUUAAGUCGUGAUCAGUAUCUUCCAAUUGAAUUCAGUUAACUGUACUUAGAGAGUCUUUGGAACAUGAAAUGCCAUUGCGGAAGAUUGAUAUGCCAUUGUCUCUGGAUUUCAGUAUAUAAUUUUAGUACAGAAAUUAAAAUUUGUAUUAAAUUCGUAAACGAGAUAAAGACUUAAAAAUCACUGAGUUAUUGGAAAAAUGUAUAUAAGUAUGCAUCUACUAAAGAGUGAAAAGUAAUCGAAUAGUAAUCGUUUAAGUUGCAAAGAAUUUAGGACAAUUCAAUGUAUGCAAUUUAUGUAUAAUUAACAUUGGUUUUUUUUUCCUAGAGAGAUUAUAAUUGAUACUUUAGGCGUAUUUUAAGGAAAUAAUGAUUAUUAUUUCGUUUGCAUUUCAGUCUCAUAAUAUUUUUAAGAAUACGCUAUCGAUUCUUACGAAACACCUCUACUUAAUCAGUCUUUAUUUUAAGAUAUUGGUACUUUAAUUAAUAUGCAAUAUAAUAAUCAUAUCCAUGCAUACAUGUAUGAACAUUCAUUAUCCAAGACGAGUAUCAAUUAUCACUUUGCAUAGAUUUACAGAUAUUAAAUUUGUAUUAUUCUCGUUUUAGUAUUACGAUGAAAUAGCAUGCUUAUUUAUUUAUCUAAUCACAAGGUAAAUUAUUAAAAGUAUACGUUUUUAUAAUAUCGUUUUUCUUUUAAAUUUUCGAUAAUUGAGAAUUCAUUUAAUUAUACUAAAACGAAACAGCCUACCGUCAAAAUAAUUAUUUAUCCGCCUGUCUGUUUGCAUGUUUGUCUCGUUAGAAUUUGACUUUUGGCUGUACAUGUUUCGAUAAAAUUUUGUGUACAUAAAUCAUUCCAACUUAGAAAAUGUGUUACAAUGCUUUCUUCUUGAAUGAUUAUAUAGAUAUCAAUGUGAGGGAAGUUGCGCGAAUAAUUUAUACAAAUCUACUUAAUAUAAACAAUGGUCCCUUUGAUAAUAUUCAAUUAUAUUUACUGUAAUAUCUGUAUGUAGUACAACAUCUAAAAAUUUAUUUAAAGAGAUUAAAGUAAUCAUAUUCAAAUGCAUUUACAUUUUCCUCCUUGAAUAAUUGAAUAAGACGUGAAAGUAUCUACCCACAGGUUGUAGAACUUUAUUUUAUUAAGUAGGCCACGAUCGUGACGUUUUUCCUUAGUUUUUCAACACGACUCACUUUGCGAGUAAUUUUCGAGACAAGCUUGAUCGUCUCACGGGAACAAUGGCGCCUUUUCGUGCAGGUUAAAACGAUGUAAUUAUUUUUGCAAAAGUUUAGCCAGCCUGCCAGUAGUAGAGGUCCGCGUUAUGUCGGCCCACCGGGAAAUUCCACCUUCCGUUAUUUUAUUAACUUCUCUCUUCCCUUGAGUCCUCGUUCUUGGCUCCUGCCCUUCGCUUAAUACUACUUCUCAACUAUUUAACGUGUCAUUACAAUCUUUUGCCAUCAAACAAUCUUCUUUCUUAAGAGGUGUCUUCUCGUCGAGACCCACGUUCUCACAAUAGAGUAAAACAGAGCUUUCAAAACCAACAGAUUUCCAAAUUAAUGGUUAUCAUAAUUCCGAGUAAUUAUCUUUAAUAUAUUUUGUAGACGAAGAUACUCAUAAACAUCGUGCUUCAAAAUUUCUGCUUUACUUUUUAGUAUAGUUAAAUUUUCUUCAAGGGUCAUACUUCCAAACCUAUGUUGUUAUAAAAUUUAUCAGAAUACAUAUAAUAAUAAAAAAUUCAAUAGUUGAACCUCCCAAACCAGAACAUUCCCAUAAAUGACUUUCAAUCUGUCCGUUUUCCUCUUUUUUCGUUCAUUUUUCCAAUCACUGUGAAUUUCAAUCGUUUUUUUUUCACCGCCACGCUUCUUUUUUUUAUAGGUAAGCUGUUUUUAUUUUUAUUUUCAGUAUCCUCCGUUGAAGAGCGCAACAAGUUUCCACCGCAAUCGAACAAACAGAAUGAGAUUUAAUUAUUUCAUUUGCUUUUACUGUUUUUAUCGUUUUUACUUUUGAAACCAUUCGAGUGGCUGUUUCGUUCUCUUCCCCGUGGCACGAAAUUGUAAAAGCGAUAACAAUAACCUUUAAUUUCUCGGUCGAGCAGUGCGUGCUCGAACUGUUUCGGAUCGGUAUGGUUCGUUCGCGAUAAUUAAACGAUCCAGAGAAUGCGAGACACACGUUGGUUUAUACGACGCUUGCGGAUUUCGAGCGGUCGUGUGACUUCCUCCUCGAUGCAGUUCCUGUUAUUGUUCUGCCAGUCAAACAACGUAUUAACUAUGUUACGGUCGAAGAAUAUGUUCACGAGAAUAUAUGGUAAAUAAACGAUGAAUUUAUCCCGGUAGUACAGUUGAUUUUCGAGGUCUCGCAUUUCAAACUUAUUUAUCAUUUGUAGCAAUAUUAAUGCAUAGUGGAGGAUAAGUUAGUAUUGUUGCAGAACUAACUGGCUAACUUGCUGAUUGCAUAGAAAUGGA